AUCGGCCACGUGCUCGACUGGCUGGUUGAUAUAUCUUGAGGAAACAGAGGAAACAGAGAGCACCCCUGUUCCGUGUUCCUCAAAUGACGUUUCUCGCCUCACCCAGCCGCUGUCUAUAUUCCCACUUUUCACGUCCCCUUAAUCCGCAUCAUGGGCGAUCUGCGGGGACUUGAUCGGCGGUGGGAUUGCAAACAUAGCUUGCACAUCAAUUGCACACCACCCGCACAUCACUUGCUCACCCAUGCAUGCGGGCUAAUGCUGUCAGUUCAGGCUUAAUAUGGCCAUCGACGUUGAAGUUUUGAUCUUGGAGCCGUUUCGGGAGGUGGUCGAGAGGGGAAAGGAGGCCGCCGCUAACGCCGAAGCCGCCCAGGAUGACGACCCAGAGCUGUCCAAGGAGAUGGCGAAAGCGGCGCAGGCCGUCAUGAAGGGAGGCGAGCGCGCACUCAAGAGAUUGCAGCCGCUGUGGGAUAGCCAGGUGGAGAAAUAUGGCGAUGACUUCAAGGAGACCAUGAGAGAGAACGACGAGAUCGCCGACAAGCGACGCAUCCUCGGCGACCUCCUAUACGACUUUGACGAUUUCAUCGACAUCGAUUCAUUCGACGGGGACAAGUUUGCCGAAUUGCAGGCCGCGACCAAGGCAUUCGCCCUCCACGCCCUGGACACCAUCAGGCGGUUGAAGAUCGACGUCUCAGCGCCGGCGACUCCGAUCCACGCAUUCCCCCCUCUGCCGCCCCUCCCUCCCCUCCGAACACAGUCGCACGGCUCGUCGAGACCCGGCACGCGAGGUGCCGAUUCCCCAGCCGAGAGCGUCGUGACCGUGAUUCCUCCACCCGCUCUCCCCCACCUUCCCGCCGGCACCCAGGCGGCUCGACAUGAGAGUUUCACAUCCAACGGUUCGCGGAGAAGUUCGGGCGGACGGCAAAUCAGGCCACAGGUCCUACAGAGGACCGCCACCACCAGCUCGCGCGGCUCGUCCGUCUACACGACCGACGGCGGGCCGCCCAGGAGGGCAGACUCGUGGACCGCACCGGCUACGAAACCAGGUCCGCCCCAACCGCAACGCUUGCACGAGCGGCGUCCAUCUAGCCCCGACAUCCUCGGCGACGAACUCGAGCGCGUGCGCAUCGUGACCUCCCCCUCGACCUCCUCCUCGCCCCGGACGUCCGCCUGGAUCAGUGACCAGACAGGCGGGGCCCCGCGCGCCGCCUGGCCGCUACAGGCGUCGAUACCAGAGAACGCGGCCGUGGCGACGCGCGUCAUCGUCGGCAGCCCCGUGCAGAUCGGGCGACGAGGCGAGCAGCAUCCCCACCACCACUACCACGGCUACACGCCCGCCAGCUCCGUCUUCGACCCGACCAGCCCCGCGACGACGAACCGCACGUCUCUCUUCUCCGACACCAACACGUCGUCGAGCCCGUCGACAGGCCCGUCGCCCAACAUCCCCAGCCGCGACGCCGAGGUGAGGGCCGCGGCCUCGUCGUCGUUCUCGUUCCUCCACCUGGACGCCAGCCACAUGGCGCCGAUUGCGCUGCCGCCUGUCGGCGAGCACGAGGACGGCCUGAUGCUGGCGGCCGAGGAGCGGACGCUCUCCGACGCCGGCGGCGGCGCGAGGUCGUCGUCGGCGCUAGAUAGGGAGGCGGCGUGCGCGAUUGGGCCGAAGAGCUCGUUUCACCAGCUCAAGGGGUUCUGCGAUGGGGCGGUUGGGUUCAGGCUGAAUGGGCAUGCGCAGGGUGUGAAGAAGGCUUCGGCUUAUGGCGAGCCUGUCACUGUCGGACGCUGCUCGGAUUGCGAGUAUUACCACAUCUUCAGCGAGAUCGCGAUGGAUCUGGAUAAGGAUUCCCGAGCCAACUUCAUGAAAUCCGGCGUCAUGUACCGCACCCGCUUCCUCUUCAAGUCCCACCUGACCAUCACCGAUCUCGCCUCGAUGCGCUACGCCUGCCUCUUCUGCACGCACGCCGGCCAGACGGUGCGCGAGGGCGACGCGACCGUCUUCUUCAGCCAGGACCAGCUCCUGCGGCACCUGUCGCGGCACCCGCAGCCCCUGGCCCCGGUGCCCGGCGUGACGGUCCUCUACGGAAGGGUCGGCGAGGACGACGCGGACCUGGCAGAGGACUACGAUCUGCACUUCCCGGACCCGCCCGCCCCCAGCCCCGUCCCGUCCAUGGCCCUGGCCUGCUUCCCCUCCGCCACGGCGCUCAAGAGCCACGUCCGGAGGUUCGGCGAGAAGCCGCUCGUCGACCCGGACGGGAACGGUGACGUGCUCAAGUUCCUUGUUGGGGCUAGGAUCGUCGGCGUUGAGUUCCCCGAGAGGUGGGGCGGGAAGUGGUGCGUGGGCUGGCAUGAUGGCGUGCGGGGGGCGUUUCCGGCGAAGCUGGUCGAGAUCGAGGGGCCGAGGCAGAGCGAGAUAUCGCUGCAGUCCAACAGCGGGGUGUCGGUGGUCACGCGGUGGAAGUGGGAUCCCAAGGACAACGGGCGGACUGGAUGGAUGGUUUUCGACAAGGGGGAUACGAUCCGGAAUAUCGGCUGGUUGUACCAAGACCACUGGUGCUGGUCUGGGACGAACAGCAAGGGCAAGUAUGGCGUGUUCCCGCGGUCGCACGUGAACCCGGAUUCGAUCAAGGAAGGGGGAGAUCCCGGCGGCAAGAAGACCCAGACCAGCCUGCCGAUGAAGUUAUUUGGCCGAGGGCGCGCCGGCAAUGGAACCGACUCCUCCUCAAUCAACGGAGAAGUCCUAGGAUGAGGCACAUCCCGCCACAGGCUCAUCCAAUUUAGCUAGCCUUGAUGGACCGCCACGGAUGUGGUGUUUGUGGGGGUGGGUGGAGAAGUUUGCUCAGGGGCGAACCUCCGCCAAUAUCUGGGCAACAUGGGCAAAGCGUCAUUAUGCCGUUGCUACCCAAAUUCAAGGCUUUAGAGCCAUGGGUGUGACCUUUGACAUGUACUUCAAGUGUUCGAAUCCGAAGAACGGCUGCUGGGAGAGAUUGUAUUGUACUGCAUAGGAUCAAGGUCACCCGCAAGAAUCGAUCGCAAAGCCCAGAUCUCUCCUAUAAUAAUUCCAAGC